UAAUUUUAAUGCAGAUUUUGGCAUAGCCACUCAACCGAAAUUGGAAUUCCCUCUCAUUGGUUUAGAUCGGACUACGACGUUACUUGAAUAAAAAAUAUAAGUUCAAUAGUUUGAAUGAAAUUGAAAUAUAUAAGUGCCCAUAAUAUGUUUUUAAACUUGAUCCUCAGCUGCCAACUGCCAGCCAACAACAACAGAACAGACUGGAGUGAGUAAACUGUAAAAGUAACCACCGCCAGUUCCGACAAUCCAUAAAGUCCAGAACGAAGGGUCGCAUUCAUCCGCAUUCGGCGUUCGCAUUCCAUAAAGACCUUUCACAAACACUACGUGCCACCAAAGUCUCAAUCUUUCAGCUUUCGCCUUCAAUCCGCACAAAGCGAAUUCUCGUUCAAUCCGCGCAAAACAAAAUCUCUUUUUUGACUGUUUUCACACCAUCUCCGGUGAAACCCGUUCGCCUGCGGCCACCGCGAAGUGAUUUCCGGCGAGUAGGGUCGACAAUGGCUGUGGAGGCUGAGAAAUCUGGGUAUGACGGGAAGCUUUGGAGUCUGUUCAAAAUACCGUUUUGGCAGUCCGGAAACGCCUCCUCGUCUUCCUCUUCGUCAUCGUCCUCGACCUUGUCUUCUAUGCAUCAUAAUGUUCACCACCAGCUGGGUCACGAGUCUGCGGCUGAACGUACGGCUCUUCAUUCUGCCAGUACGGUGUCGUAUGUGACCAAGUCUUUGCUUCCUGCUCGGAGGAGGCUGCGUCUUGAUCCUCCAAAUAAGCUAUUUUUUCCAUAUGAACCCGGUAAACAGGUCAGGAGUGCAAUUGGAAUAAAAAACACAAGCAAAACUAUUGUAGCUUUCAAGUUCCAAACAACUGCACCAAAGAGUUGUUACAUGCGUCCUCCUGGGGGUAUACUUGCUCCUGGUGAAGAUCUUAUUGCAACUGUUUUCAAGUUUGUGGAACCUCCGGAGAACGAUGAGAAACCAGCUGUAGACCAGAAGAGCAGGGUUAAGUUCAAGAUCAUGAGCUUAAAAGUGAAAGGAGAUAUGGACUAUGUGCCAGAACUGUUUGAUGAGCAGAGAGACCAAGUCGUGGUUGAGCAGGUUUUGCGUGUUGUUUUUCUUGACCCUGAGCGCCCUACCCCCGCAAUGGAAAAACUUGAGCGGCAAUUGGCCGAGGCUGAGGCUUCCCUUGAAUCACGAAAAAAGCCUCCACAAGAAGCAGGUCCCCGGAUAGUAGGGGAAGGACUUGUCAUAGAUGAAUGGAAAGAGCGCAGGGAAAGAUACCUAGCGCAGCAGCAGGUUGAAGGGGUUGAUUCAGUGUAGAGUUGUGUCCCCUUUUGUUUAGAGCAUUUCUUUCUAUAGUGUGGAAGUUUCAAUUAAUAUGUGAAAUUGAAUGAUCGCCUUAUUCAUGUAUGGGAGAAAUUUGCAUCUCCAUCUCCAACCUUAUAGCCCGUAGAUAGUAUAAAUGAAUGUUUUUAUUUUGACAGAAGA